CGACGGAUUGCUGGAUGAAUGACUGCCGAGCGCCCCAACCACCAGGCUUAGCAAGCUUUCUGGGGGAAACCUUGUUUUUGUGUUGCGUUGUGUUGCGUUGCGUUGCGUUCAUUUCUCAUUAAGGAAACACUGCUUAGCUUCAGAAUGUGGAACAUUAGUAUCAGAUUAGUGCUAAUCGAAGCCGUUUCCUUAAAUUUACAGUCUUGUUCCUCGUCUUUGAGAAAUGGCGACCCGAAUCACAUCUACACGACUAAUUCUAACAUUUGAACUCUUAGCAGGCUUCAGAUCAGUUCGCUUUUUUUCCCUGACUCGUAACUCUUUGAUUCUGGAGUCUUUUUAAUAAGUAUUGAUGAGCUUUGGAGCCUCCUCAGCACAUGCUGUGGUCCUGAACACGCUUUCUUCACCCCUUCGCAUUAAUAGCCGACAUGUUUCGUAGGAUCAGAACGGUGGAGCCAAGCCGAGAAGGACGGCAGGAGAGCUGCUGAGUUGAAGCGUUUUUGAAGACGACUAAAUUUUCUGGGAAACUUUCCUGCAUACUGAGACAAAGUCAGUGUUGAAAUCAAGUAAUUAAUGUACAAAAAUUGAAAUUGUAAGUAGAAUUUAGUGGUUCUUUUCAAGUUCUUUUUUUUUUUUUUUUACUUUUUCAUCUCGAUCGCCACAGUUUUAUUAGAAUGUACAGUAUUGGUUCUUUUUUUAAUUUAUAAAACAAGAAAAAUACAGUUCACGUGUACAUAUUGCCUUAUAUUAAGCUGUGCCUCUGAAGUCUCUCACAAAGGCACUUGUUCUUUUUUUGUUGUUGUUUUUUAGGGGUUUUUUGUGAGAAGUGAAGCUAAAGCAGCUGAUAAUGUCUCGUUGUAAUUUUUGUUUUGGCUUGGUGUUUUUUGUUGUUGUUGUUUUUCCACGCUGUGAGAAGCUCUGGGAACAGCUCUGAUUUGUAGCUCAUGUGACGUAACAGCAGGACAUUAUAAGCACAUCAUGAACGAACUGGAAUCACAUUUCUGUUCAUUUCUGUUGUCGCAUCUGAUUCAUGUCUUAAAUGUUUCUACCACAGUGCAUUAUGAUGCAUUGAACUGCCUGGCACGGAUUAAAACGGCAUGGAGGCGUGCAGAAUGAGAUUUUUUAUUUUAUUUUUUUUUAAUGUAUAUUGCCACAUUCAACUUUAUUUUGAUAUCCAUUUACCACGUCAGCAGAUAAAAAGCAACUCUUUUUUUCUUCUUUUUUUUGGGAGGGAUGUUUUGGAUGUUUUAGAUGUGGUUAAAAGAAACACUUUACACAACUAAUUGCCAGUCCAAAUCUAGCAUUUUGCACCAUUUUACAUUUAUUGGCAUUCCUGGCACAGAUUUAUAAAAGGCUUUUAAAUAAAUAGAUGUUUUAUGGCAAAGCUUAAAAUCACACUUAAGAAAACGGCUUGUUUUUCUUCUUUUUUAUUUUACUUACUUUAAAAUUAUUGCUCUGACUGUAGAUCUGAGCAGGUUUACUUCGGUAUUUAUUCUCUAAUGCUGUCUUAGGAGACUGAACACAUCUGCCUUACUUGAAGGAUGAGGGCUUGCUUGUCUUUCCCAUUUUGAUGAGUGUCCAAGAAAAAAUGGACCUCUUUCAGGUCAUAUUAACAUCUCAGUCCAAACAAUAAUUAAGCGUUCCUGAAUAGUCCGGAAAAUAAACGACAGAAGUUUGUGCAGUUACCUUUAUUUAAUAGGGAGUGUGAUUUUUGUUUUAAUAUAAGGGAAAAAUGUAUUUAAAUCAUUUUCAACCUUGAGGUUUCUAUGUGACAGAAAAUGAUUUGGGUAUUUAAAAAUAUAACAAAACAGUCUAAAACAAAUCACUAUUUACAUUUUAAUUUUAAAAAAAGUGGCUUAAUAAAAAAUAAUAUGUUUACCUUUCUUAAGAAUUGAUAGAAAAAAACUAUCAAUAUCACACCAGACUUACCCCACUGUUUUUUGGGUUUUUGCCCAUUUCCACCAGAAUUUUGACGAUUUCUGUUUGCUGAUGGGCCGACCAGGCGGGUGGCCUCCUCACCAUCACCUUAAUCUUUAGCAGCUCUCUCCACAGAUUCUCGGAAAACACUCAAAUCCAGACUUUAGCUAGGCCAAUCCAAAAUUGUAAUUUUACUUCCAGUCAAAAGAGACGUAAAAUCAAGCUACAGUAUGAAUAAUUUUGGCCUUUAUUUUCUUAAUGUUGGAUCGUUUCCUCUUCUGUAUAAAUCUACACAGAAUAAAGGGUAGAUUUUAUUUAUUUAUUUUGUGUGUGAGGUCAUGCUACUGUAAAGAAAGAUUGAUUCCCUUCAAAGUUUUUCAACCAACGUCACCAGGGGUGCCAAUAAGUGGUUGGUGGGUGGUGCAGGUGGAGUAUUGGCUGUAUUUCCGGAGCUUCGCCUCUAAAUGAGGGGUGGUGGUGGGGGGGGGGGUCGCUCUGUAGCUGGCGUCCGGUUUCAACUGUUCAGCGCUGCCGAAUCCUCGGUAAGGUGAAAAUCUGUCGCCGUGCUGGGUGUGAGCGGACACAUCUUAACCUGAGCCCCGUUGGAUCACGCAGAUGACCCGGUGCAUCUCCACUGUCUCGGUUCUGUUCAUGUGUUAUUAUACACUGUCACGAAGUAACAAAACGGGAUUGCUCUUGUGCAAAUGUGAAAGUGUGAUUGAAGUCUGUGAUCAAAAUGAGCGAUUUCUUCAUGUUCGCGUCUUUCUGAGCAGGUUUGUAUUGAUACGUUUUUUCCCCCCUUUAAGCAGCUGAUGCUGUCAUCGCGCGUUUGGCCUCUGCUGUUCAGAUUUCCUGCAGGUCCGUGUGCUGAGAACUGUUUGAUUAAAAAGAAGUUCCCAUGAACUGCUCUUAAACUCUGUCUCUGACACGUUAUUGGUAUUUAUUUUUAUUUUAUUGGUUGGUUUAAGAUCUCCCGCUUGAGACUAAUUUUGAAGCAUUUUUCUAUAAAAUUGUGUUCCGUUUCCAUAAAGUUAUUUUUUUUAGGUGAAGCCUGUUUCAUAAUCUUGCUCUUUACAUCUUAAGGGAAAAUGUAUAUUUGUUCAACAUAAAUAUUGAAUUUCUUUGAUAAACAUUUUGUUAGGGGCUCUUGACAUUGGCAGAGGAUUGAUGGUUGGUCUUUGGGAAUGUUCUUAGUUUUCACAUGUUGGUUUCAUGGUAAAAAAAAAAAAAAAAAUCCUAAUCAUCACUAAUGAAUGUUUGAAAUGUCAGUCUGUAUUCUGAAUCUACGAUUUUCAAAUUUCGACCAACACUACUUUUCUAACAUUCCAUUUCAUUUGUGAAAAUCAUCUGGUUUGCCAGAGAAUUUCAAGCUUGUCUGAUCAAAACGUGAUGUUUCCUUCAAGGCAAAAUUCUCAGAUUCUCCUUCAUUUCCUCGCUUCCUCCAGUCUGACCCCUAGCGGCCAUUUGAGGACCUGUCAUUCAAAGAGCGGCGCCGAGCCCCCGUCUCUGUCCUCCUGCGCCUUACUGUGGCUGUGUGGAGAAGGUCCGCUCCUCUGUGUCUCAUCAGAUGAAGUUAGGCAUUAAAGUUAUGUCUUUAACACAUAACUUACGUCUUGCUGGAUCUAUGCUGUCACCACGCUGAGCUCUCCACGCAGUGGUGGCACAGGUGAAAGUCUGCUGCCUGUGAAGGCUCACUUCCCAUUUAUCCUCUUCUAUUUGUGGCCAGUGCCACGCCCGCCUGACUGGACAGGGAAAAAGUUCAGCAGCCAUCUCUCUGGUUCAGACCAACCGCUGCACUUUGUCCUCAAGGACCUCAAAGAAGACGCUCCUCCAUGAGAAGGAUUUUAUAAUUAAUCCGCUGAUUAUACACACAGCUGGGAGAACAAGAUUUAAAAAAAAAUUGAUUACUAUUUUUUUUUUAAUUUAAAGGAUCAAAUCCAUUCCUUCUGAUGAUGCUCGACUCUCCCUCCCGCUAGAAGCUACGGUUCACCACCAUAGGGGCCUGCGGCUCAUUGUUGGGGAGGAUGGCUGGGUGUUGUGUGUCGGCGGAGGACCGGGAGACCAAGAGGAUCAACGACGCGAUAGAGGAGCAGCUGCGGAGGGACAAGAAGGAUUCCCGCAGGGAGCUGAAGCUGCUGCUGUUAGGAACGGGUGAGAGUGGAAAGAGCACCUUUAUCAAACAGAUGAGGAUCAUCCAUGGAGGGGGUUACACAGAGGAGGACAAGAGGAGUUACGCCAAGCUGGUCUUCCAGAACAUCUACACAUCAAUGCAGACCAUGAUCCGAGCCAUGGGGCCGCUUGGCAUAUCCUUCUCUGAUCCGCAGAACCAGAACAAUGCAAACUCAGUCCUGGAGGUAGAGGUGGACAAGGUGGAGGAGUUGGAUCAGAACCUUGUUGUUGCUAUCAGGAACCUGUGGAACGACGCUGGAAUCCAGGACUGCUACGACCGGCGCAGGGAGUACCAGCUGUCCGACUCCACCAAAUACUAUCUCACCGACCUGGAUCGGAUUUCCCAGCCUUCCUACCUGCCAGACCUCCAGGAUAUCCUCAGAGUCCGAGUGCCAACAACAGGAAUAAUUGAGUAUCCCUUUGACAUGGAGAACGUCAUUUUUAGGAUGGUGGAUGUCGGAGGUCAGAGGUCGGAGAGGAGAAAGUGGAUCCACUGCUUUGAGAACGUCACCUCCAUCAUUUUCCUGGUGGCGCUCAGCGAGUACGACCAGGUCUUGGCAGAGUGCGACAACGAGAAUCGCAUGGAGGAGAGCAAAGCCCUGUUCAAAACCAUCAUCACUUACCCCUGGUUCGAGAAGUCUUCUGUCAUUCUUUUCCUCAACAAGACCGACAUCCUCAAGGAGAAGAUCAUAUACUCUCACUUAGCCACCUACUUCCCUGAAUUCACAGGGCCUCAGCAGGAUCCAGGAGCAGCUCAAGAAUUCAUCCUCAAGAUGUACCAAGAACAAAAUCCCAACAAAGACAAGAAGCUGUACGCCCACUUCACCUGCGCCACGGACACCGAAAACAUCCGCUUUGUCUUUGUGGCCGUGAAAGACACCAUCCUCACAGCCAAUCUGAAGGACUUCAACCUGGUGUAGCUGCCGCUAGAGGAAAUGCCAUGCAACCGUUUACCAAUUUCUCAUGUAAAAGAUUUUCUGGAUCAAAUAUUAUCUCAAAAGCACAAGAUCCAAUUUAGCUGAACAGGUGGAACCGCGAGGCACAAAAUGAUUCGUGUCGGAUAUUCUGCCUGAACCGUAACUUUGUAUAGAUGAAGUUUAUCUUUUCUUUUCGGGUCUGCUGUAAAGGCUACUUUAAAGCUGUAGUAAGAAUGUGAAUGCUAGAGAGGUAACUCACCGACUUACCAGACGUGUGAGUAAUAUUCUUUAAAAAUAGAAAUCAAAAUGACAUAAGAGGCCUUAACAAAUAUAAUCCCGUUUAGAGCUUUAGGCACAGAUUUUGCUGCAAGAGGCCAAUGUACUCAAAACGUUCAUCUUUUUUUAGGUGUACAUAAUCUGAGAUGUACCUAUAGAAGCUGGACCUGUUUAUUUAAGUAGCAA